AUGUCGUGGAAAUUGACAAAGAAACUGAAGGAGACGCACCUGGCACCUUUGACGAGCGGGUUCAGUCGUUCGACAUCUACGUCCACGAUCAAAGGAGACGACUCUGCGUCUGCGCCCCCUACCCCUCAGGACGGACCCGAACUAUCGACGACUACUAGCAAUGUCAGCACCACAUCAACCACCGCGAAUGGCAUUGCGGCCUCCGAAGCGCUCACUUCACCCCCGGUGCAAACCACUAAGCCGGGGAUCCUGAUAGUAACCUUGCACGAGGGAAGAGGGUUCUCACUGCCACAGCAAUAUCAGUCAGUAUUCAACAACUACUAUGGCUCUGGAGGUGCAGCAGGCUCCGUUCGACCGAGCUCAUCCUAUGCGUCUGGGUCAAUGGCCGGCUCCUAUGCACAACCGAACAGACCUGUGUCCACCCACGCUGGAAUCAAUGCCGCCCCUACGAUUCACGGAAGAUACAACAGCAAAUACCUACCCUAUGCCUUGCUGGAUUUUGACAAGCUGCAAGUCUUUGUCGAUGCGGUUUCAGGAACGCCGGAGAAUCCGCUUUGGGCUGGCGACAAUACCUCCUUCAAGUUCGACGUUUCGAGAGUGUGUGAACUCAGCAUCCAGCUCUACUUGCGGAAUCCGGCCGCCAGACCUGGUGUUGGCAGAAGCGAAGAUAUCUUCCUAGGCGGGGCCAGAGUCACGCCGAGAUUUGAAGAGGCUCGUCAGUUUGUUCCCGACCCAAAAAAGAGUAAAAAGGAGAACGAAAAGGCCGAAGCUGCAUUUGCCACACAGGAGAGACAAGCAGGCCAGCUUGGAACCGAGUGGCUGGAUAUUCAAUUCGGGACAGGCUCGAUCAAGGUGGGCGUGAACUACGUUGAGAACCGGAAAGGCAGUCUCAAGAUCGACGACUUCGAGCUCUUGAAGGUGGUUGGGCGAGGCAGCUUCGGCAAGGUCAUGCAGGUCAUGAAGAAGGACACUGGCCGAAUCUAUGCGCUCAAGACGAUCCGCAAGGCACACAUCAUUUCUCGCUCUGAAGUGGCUCACACCUUGGCCGAACGAUCAGUACUGGCGCAAAUCAACAAUCCUUUCAUCACACCUCUCAAGUUCUCCUUCCAGUCGCCGGACAAGCUCUAUUUUGUCCUUGCCUUUGUCAAUGGCGGCGAGCUAUUCCACCAUCUCCAGAAAGAACAGCGCUUCGACAUCAACCGUUCCCGAUUCUACACUGCGGAACUACUGUGUGCCUUGGAAUGUCUUCAUGGCUUCAAGGUUAUUUACAGAGACUUGAAGCCAGAAAACAUCCUCCUUGACUACACGGGUCAUAUCGCCCUGUGCGACUUUGGGUUGUGCAAAUUGGACAUGAAAGACGAAGAUCGCACCAACACCUUUUGCGGCACACCCGAGUACUUGGCCCCCGAACUCCUGCUUGGCCACGGUUACACCAAGACUGUGGACUGGUGGACCCUGGGUGUCUUGCUUUAUGAGAUGCUCACGGGCUUGCCUCCGUUCUACGACGAGAACACCAACGAGAUGUAUCGUAAGAUCCUGCAAGAGCCUCUGCACUUUCCCGGCCCUGAGAUUGUCCCAGCCGCGGCGAAAGACUUGCUACAAAAGCUUCUUGACCGCAAUCCGGAACGUCGUCUGGGAGCUGGUGGCGCAGCCGAGAUCAAGGCACACCACUUCUUCGCUGGCAUUGACUGGAGAAAACUGUUGCAGAGAAAGUAUGAGCCUAGCUUCAAACCUAAUGUGACUGAUGCCCGAGAUACCGACCAGUUCGAUAAAGAAUUCACCUCGGAGGUGCCAAAGGACUCUUACGUCGAAGGCCCCGCCUUGUCCCAAACCAUGCAGCAGCAAUUUGCGGGCUGGUCGUACAAUCGACCUGUUGCUGGAUUGGGUGAUGCCGGCGGCAGUGUGAGGGAUCCCGCAUUCGACCGAAUUCAAUAG